UGCUGCGCGAUGUCCACGCAGCGUUGUUUAUCAUUACCGCAUGUGUGAAAAUUCUCCCUCCCCACCUCCCCUUCCCUCCCUCCCAGCCCCGCGAUUUUCACCCCCUUUCCCAUGCUCCAACGUUCUGAAAUGUAAUACAUCCGUCGGUUGUUGUGUUAGCCGGUUUGCAACGACGGAGUUAGGAGAGGGUGUCGAAAAGGCGCGAAACGGACAUGUGCUCCACGGAAUUUGUUGUAACAUGUGUUGCUGUAAUUGCGAACUCUUUACACGGUGAUUCUUGGAUGUUCCGGUUACUCUGCAAUAAACCGUAAUGAGUAUAACCAGCCACGCAAACUUUGGAUACUUUGGAAACUUUCGUUCAAUGUAGUCCGACUAAUUCACGUGAUCUAAUAUUAUCGUGGUUGAAUGCUCGGUAAUCCAGUAAAAAGAAUAAAAUUGGAAGUGAUCAGAUGAUGUCAACGUGACAGAGGCCAGGCAUAUAAACUUGGUAUAAAUACUCGAGUCAGAAUGUCAUCAAGGAUGGAGAUGCAAAUGAUGAACGAGGUCCAGGAGUCCUCGAAGUGCGUCAAGGUACUCUACAUGAUAUGGAAGUUCUUCGCGUGUGUCUUUAGUCACGUGACGCUAAUCAGCCUUGUCGUGGCUUACUGCCUCCUCGGAGGCUUGGCGUUCCAGGCUUUGGAAGCACCGAAUGAAAUAAAGGUUAGGGAGAGCAUAAGUCUGCUGCGGACGAACGUGACGGGUGAAUUGUGGAAAAUGACACUCGAAUGCAACGUCCUGGAUCAGGAAAAUUGGACGAGGGAAGCCAGGGGUCAAUUAGAGACGUUUGAGAAGGACUUACUGCAAAAGAUGGAACGUGAAGGGUGGGAUGGUUCCGAGCCGGAAGCAGAACUGCAGUGGACUUUCCCCGGCGCUCUCUUCUACUCGAUUAUCGUUAUUACCACCAUCGGAUACGGACACAUCGCGCCUAGAACGGCGUUUGGAAAAGUUGUGACAAUUUUUUACGCCAUUCUUGGAAUACCUUUGAUGCUUCUCUGCUUGUCGAGCAUCGGCGACGUCAUGGCGUCCAGUUUUAGGUUUUUAUACUGGAAAAUUUGCUGCUACGUCUGCACUAAGCCUCCACGAAGACGUCGAGGUCGCAACGCCAGAGGCACCAUUCGACAACCAGGAAGGUAUUCCAACCGAACGGCGUCGUUGAGGAGGUCAGUCCGCGUCAGCCAGAGAUCAGCGGAUUCGGCUCUCGGUUUGUCGGAAAGUGUCGGAAGGUCGUCUUACUCGGACAUGGAUUACAGGUAUCACCUCGAGGGAAUGGACUUGGCUACUGAUUUCCCGAGUACGAGGCCCUCGACGAUGUCAAGGUAUUCGGACAUCCCGGUAUCUUCGCCCAAGGUCAAAGGGGGAAGACUCACAACGGGAACGGCAUCGCUGGACCGAAAAGUUGCGGUGGAUCCCACCGAAGCCAAUCGGAUGCCCGUUUAUUUCAACAAGUACGCACUGGAUCCCGAAGACGAGAGACAGAAUGGCCAGCCCUCCAAAGUCGGUUCGAGGAAGCCGGAUAAUUUGAACGUCCGCGACACCGUCGAUGAGGCUUCGCGAACGAACAGAGCUUGCGGUACCGGCUCCCUACCUCGAAAUCAUCACCUGGCUGUUGAGUCUUCGAAUUUUCGACGUCAGUUUUCGCAGCCACCCCCGGAAAUCCGAGAGCCACAAGCAUCCAUCAGCACCGAUGUGGAUUCGAUGAAAAGAAGUAUGAGAAUGCGGCGAGCUCAGAGUUACUACGGUCCUGGUCGGCAUCAGCGGCACGCUUCUCCCUCCACGCGAUACAUAUCGUCGAUUGGAUACGCGGUCCACAGGCAGAAUUACGUCGACGACUUUGACGUCGACUACGACUAUUACGCCGACGACGGUGCCCUGCAGGUUCUCAAGCCCGUCCCAAUCUGGCUUUGCGUCUUUCUGGUGGUCAGCUACAUUUUCGGUGGUGGUUUUCUCUUCAGUACAUGGGAACAAUGGGCGUUCUUUGACUCUGCCUACUUCUGCUUCAUCACCCUGACCACGAUCGGUUUUGGUGACUUUGUACCGCAAGGGCUCGCAGGGAAGGGAAGCAUCGCCUUGUGCUCUUUGUACCUGUUGUUCGGAAUCUCCCUCUUGGCCAUGAGCUUUAAUUUGGUCCAGGAAGAAGUUAUCAACAACGUGAAGAGCCUCGCGAAGAGUCUGGGAAUCAUCAAGGACGAGGAGGGUGAGGAGGACGAGGACGAUUGAAUCGAGAUGAAUGUUCGUUGAAACUAGAAUUUCUAAGAUCGGCACCAUUUUUGCUAUCACCUUUUUCCACAACUGUUCAAGACAAAGAGCUUUUCGCUUCGAAAUACCCGAAAAUAAGAACAGCGAAAGUUACAACUCGAACUGUAACAUUUCAAAAGUCUUUACUGAUCUCGGUAUCGUUUGAAGAUCUUUCGUUAGUAUAAUUUACAGUCACAGAGUUGGACGGCGAUGAUACAGGAAAAAACUCUGGUCAAGGUUUUUUACAAAAAUCAAUUUUAUUAUAAAUACGAGAAAUUCACGACGCAGACGUUGAAAGCGUGGGUGAAGCAACGUAGAGGUUCAGUGAUGGCGUGGCUUGUAUUACAGCUACGCUUUGGAAAUCUACUAUUUACGUUUGAGAGUAUGCUUGAAAGUUAUCGUGAUAUGAAAAUAUACCGUGGCGUAUAUACGCUGUGUACAUUAUUCCGUAGAAUAUCUAUAUCGCGUAAAUUGACGCGUGGCAGAGCCUUUCUAAUCAUUUUGUACAAUGUCUUGUUCACGUUAUGUCAUAAUUCAUUUUGUAUGUUCUUAUUUUAUUCGGUUAUACCUCGAAAUUCCUAUUUCCCAGAUUUCUGCUUCAAUCGUACAAAUAUGACCCGCGUCACAGUGAAAUUAAAUAAAUAAUUGUAAGGUUGAUCGAGUCACAGAUUUAAUCUAAUUGUACCCCUGACAUUUUCCAUCAGCUUGUACAAAUUCUCGUUCGCUGAAAUUGUAAUUUCGAUUUAUUUAUGGUAAUUACUUUAACAUCGUAUUUCACGAUAUAACGAAUCAAUGUUAUCUGAAAAUCGAAUCACGAUGCGUUGUCAAAUACACUUA